AUGGCAGCACUGCCCCAGGAGUACAGCACUACCAGUGUUAAGGCGCAGGGAGAGGAAGAAUCCUGCCACAGGGACACUGGAUUCACUCUGCCACGGCACAGCACUGAAACUGAGGAGCUGAAACCUCGGCUCCAGCUUCUGCUUUCUCACUUUGGUAUUGACUGCAACCUGAAGGAUCUCAGGGACUCAGCUGAUGAUAUGGAGCUCUUUCCACUGAUUAAGCCUAGAGUAGGUCCCUGGCAGCAAAAGCUUUUGAUAAAACUGAAACAAUGGAAAAAAGUGGAUAAGCUGAUGGACCUCCAUUCGAAAUUUGUAGAGGAACUAACUGCCGAGGAUGAGAACACAGCUGUGGCUUACAGUGGGGAGGCUGUAGGAAAUAUCGGCUCCGUUAAACCCCCGGCAUCCUUCAGGAAGCAGAAUGAAAGAGGGUCCGUGGAGAGAAGCCUGACCAUCAGUACCACUGGUCUCUCCUUCAAGGCUGGUCGCCUAACUCCCAGUGCAGAAGACACCGCCUGGGUCAGUGCUGCCAAAGGAAGCACUGGUGGGUUUGGUGGCCUGAGUUCACAGCCGUAUAUUCACUACACGCCAGCUGACUACAAGGUCCAUAGCGCUCUGUUCAUGGAGUUUCCAGAGGUGGAAAACCAUGACGACUUUCACACUGGUGAAGACGGAUGUAUACACACACGGGACCAGCGAGGAGUUUACAUAGGGUAUGAUGUGGCUUUAGAGGACCUGAAGGAGCUUGAGAACCAGCUGCUGCUUGUGGCCAGCCAGUACAUUGAGAAAGAUAAAAGCAACAUAACUUGUGAGCAAUUCAGUGGCAGCAGCAUGCUUAGCUGGGCACAUGCCUCUGUGGAUUGAUACGCUGUGCUGCUUGACCUCUGGACCUGUGAAACUGCUCUCUUGGGAAAAUAAUGCCAGCUUCUAGAUGUUUACUUUGAAGCUUACCAACAUGCUUUGGACCCAGAGGAAAGAUUUGCUUUGGCCCAGGUGAUAACUGACAUCAUGCAUAAAUGACUAAGAUUUGAUCUCAAGCUUGAACAUUUUGCCAGCACCUAGAAGGAUGAAUGCAUCUGUUUGCAACUUCCUCUCCAGCUGCUGAGGGACAUAGUAAACAAACAAAUUAAUGUCCAGAGGGAAUAUGUCCACAAGAUUUGGCGGGAAGUUCAGAGAGGUGACAUCGGUGAAUUUGGACUUCCUUAUAGUGUAAUUACUAAGCAGCUUAUCUGUCUUAACACUAGCUGUCCUACUUUGAAGAACAUUUAUUUUCUGGAGUUUGACCCUUCUCUUGGUCUGGUGUGCUUGACCCCCAAAACUCUUGAGUAUAUCUACCAGGAAUUCUACAGCAUCUGCAGACCAAAAACAGCCAGUAAAGCAAGUAAUCUAGAAAAACAAGUACUUCAGCUAGUAGUUGAUGAGUGGCUAACUGUGGAAAAACCAGAAACCAGAGUUCCAUUUUUGUGUCACAUUGAAAGUGAGUGCAAGGAGCUGCUGGCCUUCUCUGUCACUCGCAUUGCCUUCACCGGAGGCAGUGGAGGCAGCUGGCCGAGCAGAUCGCACUGGAGCCAUGGCAGCAUUGCUAGUGGAGUGGGACAUGGGCAGGAGCGCUGGGAAAAUACAGCUGGCUUGGCUCCCACCAUCCCAGUAGAAAAGGGGUCCAGAUCUGCUGAAUUAGCUGACCAGUUAUUUACCGAGGUAUUGAUAGAAGACCCUGCGCUGGUGCAAGAGAUUGCUUUGUCACUAUUAGAGGUGGGACCAGAUGAAGAAAAAGAGACAGACAGUGAAAAGCAGGUCUUUAUCCUGGAUUCCUUCUCCACGCUCCUGGAGCUUGCCAUGCUCUGCCAUAGGCUGAUGGAGGUGGUGACCCUCAGAGACCUGUGGUCUAUGUAUCCGUGUGGUUUUGUUUCUAGGUUACAUAAGGCUUUUGCAAUGGAAGCAGGAUUUGGGGAGUUCCAUUUGUACCUGAGGCCCGUGCUCUUUGAAUCUGCAUCUCACAGGGAGAAAGCAGACCACCUCCCACCAAUAUUCAUUACACCUCUCCUGGAAGAUGACAGAUACAUUCCAUCUAGCUUACCAUUAAGCAUCCAAGAAAUUGGCAGUCAUAUUGGAAAGUUUAGUUUCCGUACAAGAGAUGGUGUUAUGCAGCUCUGGUGUCCAUCUGGAAUAAGGAAUAUGCAAGUUCUCCUGGCCUGUCAGAUCAUUCAGAAAAACGCACUUUUGGCAGCUGUUCAGCAAGCCUUCUUUUGUUACUUGGUCCAGCCUCCCAGUCCCCUGGACAUAAAGGAGAAAGAUGACCCGGUGGCAGGUGUGGAAACCCCAGCAGACGGGAGGAGGCUGGGAUGUGGCCAGGGUAUGCGGGCCGGGCACAGGGCUGCAGAUGGUGGCCUGGCUCCACUGGCAAUGGUGGGAGACUCAAGGGAACCUUCUUCCACUGCGCCGUCUCCCCGUGGUCUCCCAUGGGCACGGCUGCAAGGCUCGUGGCGGAGGCUGAAUCAGCGUGUGUCCCAGCAUGCCCUCAGAGGUCAGCUCAGCGGGUACUACAAUAGCCUGAGAAGCCUCUUAGAUGAUUUCCCUGUCAUCAGAGACAAGUACUUCAUAAUUGGACUAUCUCAAGGAAAAAAAGAGGAGCAAGACUUAAAGAAAAACCUUGCAGCUAAUCCCAGCCCUGAAUUUUCUGAGGUUGCCUUUUCUCCUCCUGUGCUUCGACACUUGCCUGUGUCCCCCCAGCAGCUUGCGGCCGAGCCACGCUCGCUUUCGUAUCGCUUGCUACAGCACGCUGCUCCGCUGCGCUUGAUACACGAAGGAAGCCAAGAGCAGAUCCUUAUGCACCGGAGGAAGGCAGACGGAAGGCAUCCGGAGGGCAGCGGGCGCGGGGACCUGCGGACUGAACUUCAAGACCUACAGAAAAUGAUUGACAGCCUUCAGAAUCCACUGGAUCCCAGUGAAGUAGCCCAGCUGCUAGCCAUUCACAAAGAAGUGAUCUUUCUACAGUUUGAUGCAGCAAUCAGGCACCGACUACGCACAGCUAUCCUGUACCUGGCCGUGAAAGCCACAGUCAGACCAACGGGCACAGAGGAGGAGUUUGGAGAGCCUGUUACAAGCACUCAGCAUGUAUUUGUCCCCAGAGGAGCAUCAGAAAUUGAAAUGAACGUGUACCAGUUUCCAGCAGGCGAAGUCCAGCGGGGGCCUGUGGAGGCUGUGGUGGGGGCAAGUUUGGUGGAUGUGGGUGAAUCGGGAGGCUCUGCAAUGGCAGCUCUGCUGCGUGGAGCCAGCUGUGGGUCCUGGGAGAGCCCAAAGCAGCAGCGGAACCUGCCUCUGUCGCAAGGAAAAUUGGAUGUCUAUCGCCUUAGCAUUGAGCAACAAGUGUUUGAAAUCAUCAGUGACGUGAGAAGAGAAGGAGUUGACAGCAUAAUUGAUCUGAAGAAAAAGUUUGGCUCCACUAAAGAUAAUGGUCACUUGAAAGAACAUUUGUCUAAAGUGAACAUCAGAGAGAUUGAACUUGGACCUGAAGAAGUAUAA